AUGUGGACGUACUGUACUGGAGUUAGUAUGUGUCUCGCUCGUGAAGUGGUCUUUGUUUACAUAUUUGCUAGCUAGCAUAUAGCUCGUUUUUUAUCUAGCCUCUUUAAAUGUCAUUAGCUACCACUUUAAUUCAAGUAUACUCAGGGGUGUCACUGUUAGCUACAUUGCUUCUGGUUUGUUUUGACAUUUGUGCUAACUUGCCUACUACCGUUACUAUUCGUGGUUUCUCUCCCAGCGCUUCAGGUAAAAGGAUGGACCACGCACAACGAGACAAGUUGUCAGAGCUCGUGGAAGAGUUGACCACAUCUGGGGAACCACAACUAAAUCCAAAUAAACUGAAGGAAGUGAAAAAGAUAUGCAAGUAUGACGUUUUUUCCUAUAGCUAAUUUACUUAUUCCGGCUUCAGCUUUACAUACAAAUGAGUACAAUUUAAUUCUGUCAAACACAACUUCUCCUCUGACAGAGUUUCCAACGACUACAUUGAGCACUUCUACCACCUGGUCAUGACGCAGCUGGCCAAGGAGCAUGCCGAGAUUCGCCUGUCAGCCUUCCAGAUGGUCAGUGAGCUCUUCACCCGCUCACACCACUUCAGGGUCCUGCUGGUGGACAACUUCCAGGAGUUUCUGGACCUGACAGUGGAGACGGACUCAGAUGAGCCUCUGCCACCACCCAAAGAGGUGGCCCGAAAGCUGAAGACCGUUGCCAUCAAAACCGUGCAGGAAUGGCAGGCCACUUACGGAGAGGCCUAUAAGAAACUGGCCUUGGGCUACCACUUUCUCAAGCAGGUUAAAAAGGUAAGAAGGAUGAUUACCCUAUUAGAUCAUUUCAAAGGUCACAGUAAAAUAAGUAAAUGAAGUGCUGUUGUGCAAUAAUAUUGUUUGUUUGUGUUCCUUUCAGGUGGAUUUUCAUGAUGUUCAGGCCAGAACACUAGCUGAAAGGAAACGAGAGGAGGAGAGACAGAAACGACUGGAGAGGAUUUAUAAAGACAAAGUUGAAAAGGCCACCAAGGAAAUGGAAGGUGCACACCUUAUAUAUUAUUACUAUUGUUUUUAUUUAUUAUCAAUAUAAUAAUUCUAUUGAUAAUACUUUUUUUUUUUAAUAUUGUAUCACUUCUUACAUACACUGGGUUCAGGCUUUUCAUGCAAUGAGUGUAGCUAAUGUAUAACUUUUCUAUGUGUUGUUGCUUCUUCUCAGAUGCCUCAGAAGAGAUUGAAGAGUGCCUAACAGAGAUAAACAACUGCAUGAAGUUGCUUCUGCCUGCAGAGUUUGACCUCAGUGACCUAGAUACCACAACUCCAGCCAAUAAUUCAACCGCUUCUGUCUCUUCUGUACCUAAUGAGAAGGCUAGCACCUCCAGUGACCUAGACAAACAGCCCUGUUGUAGUAAAGACCUGGAGGUCGAGAGGGAAACCAAGAAUCCAGAGACAAGUACAGCAACGAAAACCAAUGACGAGAAGGAGGAAGAGAAUUCUAGUGAAGAAGAGAGUGAUAUGGAAGAGGUUCUGGAUGAAGAUGCAUUCAUACGCAACACAGGACUCAUAUCUCACAAAUACAGCCUGGACCUGAACCUGUCCACAGGUGGGUAGUCACUCACACAGGACAAUUACACCUAUAGGAACACACAUAACCUUUAACCUCUCCACAGGUGGGUAGUCAUUCACACAGGACAGUUACACCUAUAGGAACCCACAUAACGUUUAACCUAAUUCUCGAAAGAGUUCUAAUCAACAUUUCCAAAAGACCACACUGAAUAAAACGUGCUGUUUUUUAAAAUGUGCCAGACAGGGAAGGACUGUCACCUUUCAGUAGUUUCCCUCAAUCCCCACAGAUUUAAAGUUAAAGGAGACAGAGGAGAACGAAGCAGUGGUGAACACCAUGAAGGAACUGCACAAACUGCUCAGCACUAAACACCUGCCUGUCGUCCAGUCCUGGGUUCAGGUAGGGCUUCAUUAGGAUCCAGUAGAACCAUUCAAAUUCAACUGAUGUCACUGUUAGUGUAGACUAACAGUGAAAUGCUUACUUACGAAUCCUUUUCCAACAAUGCAGAGUUGUUCGCAGUUCUUGAGGCGUCACUACAGACCCGGGUUUGAUCCCGGGCUGUGUUGCAGCCAGCCGCGAGCGGGAGGGUUAGGGGAGGGUUUGGCCGGCCGGGAUGUCCUUGUCCCAUCGUUCUCUAGCGACUCCUGUGGCGGGCCGGGCGCAUGUGCGCUGACACGGUCGCCAGUUGUACAGUGUUUCCUCCGGCACAUUGGUACCAGGUAAUAAAAUGGCUAUAUACAGGAAGUACCAGGUAAUAACAUUGCUAUAUACAGGGAAUACUGGGUAAUAACAUGGCUAUAUACAGGGAGUACAGGGUAGUAACAUGGCUAUAUACAGGGAGUACCAGGUAAUAACAUGGCUAUAUACAGGGAGUACUGGGUAGUAACAUGGCUAUAUACAGGAAGUACUAGGUAAUAACAUGGCUAUAUACAGGGAGUACCAGGUAAUAACAUGGCUAUAUACAGGGAGUACCAGGUAAUAACAUGGCUAUAUACAGGGAGUACUGGGUAGUAACAUGGCUAUAUACAGGGACUACCGGGUAAUAACAUGGCUAUAUACAGGAAGUACCAGGUAAUAACAUGGCUAUAUACAGGGAGUACCAGUACCUAGUCGAUGUGCAGGGGUACGAGGUAAUUGAGGUAGCUACAGUGGGGAGAACAAGUAUUUGAUACACUGCCGAUUUUGCAGAUUUUCCUACUUACAAAGCAUGUAGAGGUCUGUAAUUUUUAUCAUAGGUACACUUCAACUGUGAGAGACGGAAUCUAAAACAAAAAUCCAGAAAAUCACAUUGAAUGAUUUUUAAGUAAUGAAUUUGCAUUUUAUUGCAUGACAUAAGUAUUUGAUCACCUACCAACCAGUAAGAAUUCCGGCUCUCACAGACCUGUUAGUUUUUCUUUAAGAAGCCCUCCUGUUCUCCACUCAUUACCUGUAUUAACUGCACCUGUUUGAAUUCGUUACCUGUAUAAAAGACACCUGUCCACACACUCAAUCAAACAGACUCCAUCCUCUCCACAAUGGCCAAGACCAGAGAGCUGUGUAAGGACAUCAGGGAUAAAAUUGUAGACCUGCACAAGGCUGGGAUGGGCUACAGGACAAUAGGCAAGCAGCUUGAUGAGAAGGCAACAACUGUUGGCACAAUUAUUAGAAAAUGGAAGAAGUUCAAGAUGACGGUCAAUCAACCUCGGUCUGGGGCUCCAUGCAAGAUCUCACCUCGUGGGGCAUCAAUGAUCAUGAGGAAGGUGAGGGAUCAGCCCAGAACUACACGGCAGGACCUGGUCAAUGACCUGAAGAGAGCUGGGACCACAGUCUCAAAGAAAACCAUUAGUAACACACUGCGCCGUCAUGGAUUAAAAUCCUGCAGCGCACGCAAGGUCCACCUGCUCAAGCCAGCGCAUGUCCAGGCCCGUCUGAAGUUUGCCAAUGACCAUCUGGAUGAUCCAGAGGAGGAAUGGGAGAAGGUCAUGUGGUCUGAUGAGACAAAAAUAGAGCUUUUUGGUCUAAACUCCACUCGCCGUGUUUGGAGGAAGAAGAAGGAUGAGUACAACCCCAAGAACACCAUCCCAACCGUGAAGCAUGGAGGUGGAAACAUCAUUCUUUGGGGAUGCUUUUCUGCAAAGGGGACAGGACGACUGCACCGUAUUGAGUGGAGGAUGGAUGGGGCCAUGUAUCGCGAGAUCUUGGCCAACAACCUCCUUCCCUCAGUAAGAGCAUUGAAGAUGGGUCGUGGCUGGGUCUUCCAGCAUGACAACGACCCGAAACACACAGCCAGGGCAACUAAGGAGUGGCUCCGUAAGAAGCAUCUCAAGGUCCUGGAGUGGCCUAGCCAGUCUCCAGACCUGAACCCAAUAGAACAUCUUUGGAGGGAGCUGAAAGUCCGUAUUGCCCAGCGACAGCCCUGAAACCUGAAGGAUCUGGAGAAGGUCUGUAUGGAGGAGUGGGCCAAAAUCCCUGCUGAAGUAUGUGCAAACCUGGUCAAGACCUACAGCAAACGUAUGAUCUCUGUAAUUGCAAACAAAGGUUUCUGUACCAAAUAUUAAGUUCUGCUUUUCUGAUGUAUCAAAUACUUAUGUCAUGCAAUAAAAUGCUAAUGAAUUACUUAAAAAUCAUAAUGUGAUUUUCUGGAUUUUUGUUUUAGAUUCCGUCUCUCACAGUUGAAGUGUACCUAUGAUAAAAAUUACAGACCUCUACAUGCUGUGUAAGUAGGAAAACCUGCAAAAUCGGCAGUGUAUCAAAUACUUGUUCUCCCCACUGUAUGUACAUAUAGGUAGGGAUAAAUUGACUAGGCAACAGGAUAGAUAAUAUACAGUAACGUCAGCCUAUAUGGUGAAUGUGUGUGUGUGGCAUCAGAAUGCAUGUGUGUGCAUGUUAUGUGUGUGUGGGCAUAUGUAGUGUGUGUGUUGGGGUGUAAGUAUGUUUGAGUGUGUGGGUAGAGACUAGUGUGUGUGUAUGUGUUGGGGUGUCAGUGUAAGUAUAUGUGGGUCCUGUUGGUUCCAGACUUGGUGCACUGGUACCGCUUGCUGUGCGGUAGCAGAGAGAACAGUCUAUGGCUUGGGUGGCUGGAGUCUUUGAGAACUUUUUGGCCCUUCUUCUGACACUGCCCAAUAUAGAGGUCCUGGAUGGCAGGGAGCUCUGCCUCUGUGAUGUACUGGGCUGUUCUCACUGCCCUCUGUAGUGCCUUGCAUUAGCCUUGAAGUUGCCAUACCAAGCAGUGAUGCAGCCAGUCAAGAUGUUCUCAAUCAUCAAACAUGGAUAAACCAAAAUAAUGGUCAUUUAGGACCUGUCUACAUGCUCCAGGUCUGCUUGAUGAUAAUGUUGGUUACUUUCUCCUAAGGUUUUCACCAAGGCAGGUGUGCCAGAACCGCUCCUCAGACGUGCCAUAGACUUGAAGUCGUCGCUGGAUAGAGCUCUGCAGAACCAUGGAGACCUGCACAUUGACUACAAGGCCAGGAAUCGCAGAGUGGUGAGUACAAUUAAAACAUUAUUUAACAAGAAGGGCAGGUGUCGACGAACAUAA